AUUAUGAUAUUCGCUUCAAAAUUAGAUUCCUAAAUUGACUGAACUAAAGCUAACUUUCUGAGGCUUGAGAUGUAUUUGAAAUAGUAAUACUACACAAUGCACACUGCUCUAGUGCAAUUGACUAUGAAUUUAAAAGCUCGCAAUAUUACUUUAAUUCUGUAUUUUUAAGUUCCUACUAACCCGUAUACUUACCGAAAUACUCAAAUACUACACCUAUACAUUGUUACUGGACGAAACGCAGCUCCUAACUUUACUAAUUAUGUUGUCCUUAAAAAGCCGUCUCGAAAAUGCAUAAUCAUUUUUCAGCUACAAAUCAACUAUUAUGUUUGUGUUUUAGUUUUUUUUAUAGUUUUAAUAAUUUUAUUAAGUCAUAGAUCAUAAUUAAUUAACUUCGGGUGGCCGUUAGCCAUGUCGAGUCCUGAUGGCUAUCGCCUCUGAUUGUGUUACUAUGAAUGUUGUAUAAAUAUAAUAUAUUAGUAAAUAAACUUGUACGGACGCCGGAUACUGUGGUUUCAUUGCGUUUGCAUCAACGCAGAUAUUGCACUCAACAUUUUUACAUGAGCGAUAAUUUUUAUAGUUUUUUUUUAUCCUGCUAACAAUGUAAAAGAUAAAGAAGCUAGACCCAAAUUAAUUUGUAAUUAUUACUUACCUCUUAUACUUACGCCUCUACUUCAAUACCUAAGAGAUGAUUUUAUCAAGAUAAGCAGUUGCACUGAGCUUAUCUCUUAUCUUAUAAUCUAUAACAACUCUCAUUCAUAAUUGAAUACAAAACAUCCCGAUCUGUAAUAGCAAGAUAACUGAAUACCAACAAGUCACGUCCCGACUAACACAAUAACUUACUUUCACAUAUUGCACUUAUCAGUUACGUCACGAAUGUCGCCCAAAUUUUAAAACUACGAACAGUGCACUGAUAUGACUUCUUGUGAGGCAAUGGAUGUGAAAUUCGGUAGUUUCAUUUGAUAAGGGUUGGUAUAAAUGGGGCUAUUUCCAGUUAGAAAGGCAUCAGUCUUCAGCCCACUGCAGCAUCAUGAACUCUUUGGUUGUUUUCGCCGUCGUCGCCUUCUUCGGGCAAGCCUACUCGUCGUGCCUGCCCGCGCCGCCGGCUUGCUACGUCGCACCUCUCCCCGCCUACCCCGCACCCUUGCCUGCCUACCCCGCACCUCUCCCCGCCUACCCCGCGCCCCUCCCUGCCUACCCCGCGCCGCAGCCCGCCUACGCCUACGCGGCGCCCGCCUACCCCGCGCCCCUCGCGCCGGCAUGCGGCGCGCCCAACCUCCCCGCCGCCCUCGCUAGUCUGACCGCAGCCCUGCCGACGCUCACGGCGACCGUGCCCGCGCUGACGGCGGCCCUGCCCGGCCUGCCCGGCGCCGUGUGCACCAUCAGCUCGGCGCUGCCCACGCUGUCCGCCGCCGUGCCCGCGCUCAACGCGGCGCUGCCCGCGCUGGCCGCGCUGCCCGCGCUGCUGCCCGCGCUGCCGCUGCCUCCCGCGCCCUGCGGCUGCUACUGCUAG